GUACAAUUGGACACUACGAGGCGAGCAUGACGCCGGUGGUUUACGAAGAGUUCACCAAGGACGAGCUGCUACAGGUGGUGCGCAAGCUGCGCGAGUCGCCCGAGAAGCUCGCGCACGCCGUCGACACGGUCGCGCGGGCCGUGCGCAGUGGCGAGCCGUUGACCAAGAAGCAGAAGAAGCUCGCGUACAACCAAAAGCCGCCCAAGCCCUUUGACUACAGCCGCUUCCGCACCCGCCAUAUCGCGCUCAAGUUCUCGUAUGCGGGCGAAAAGUACGCUGGCUUUGCGCGCCAAGACCACAUGGAGCACACGAUCGAGCGCUACCUCAUCGACGCGCUGUACCGUGCGCGGCUCAUUGAAGACUUCAACAAGUGCGGCUACUCGCGAUGUGGCCGCACCGACGCGGGCGUUAGCGCCCUUGGUCAAGUCGUCGGUCUCAUCGUGCGGUCGAAUGUCCCGACGGACGCCGUCCUCCUCGACGACAAGACGAUCGACGACAUCCUUCCGAACGAACCGUUCCGCAUCCAGCUCCCGGACGGUACCAUCAAGACGCUGACGGAGCUCGACUACCCAGUCUCGCUGAACUCGGCGCUGCCAGCGGACAUUCGCAUCUACGGCUGGGCGCCGGCGCCGCGGGCCGAGUGGAGCGCACGCUUCGACUGCAUCGGCCGCGUGUACAAGUACUUCUUCCAUCGGCGCCGGAUGGACUUGACGCGCAUGCGGGAAGCGGCGUCGCUUCUUCAAGGCGUCGACAUGGACCACCGCAACUUUUGCCGCAUGGACCCUAACGUCCUCGCGUUCAAACGGUCGAUCUCGUCGUUCAAGAUCCACGAAGCCGAGCCCGUGGACGCGAGUGGCGAUGACUACUACCAGCUCUGCUACCUCGAGAUCCACGGCAAGGCCUUCUUGUGGCAUCAAGUCCGGUGCAUGGCAGCGGUCUUGUUUCUCGUCGGCCGCGGGCUUGAAGCGCCGUCGAUUGUCACAACGCUCCUCGAUAUUGACGCCACACCCCGCAAGCCCCAGUAUGAAAUGGCCUCGGAGCUCCCACUGGUCUUGCACGACUGCAAAUACGACCUAAUGCACAUGACCUUUACGCCCGGUGUGCUCAACCGUGUCUACUGCGAUAUUGAAGAGCAGUGGGAGGCUGCGAGCCUUCGCACGGCGAUGCUCAAGAACGAGCUCGAGACGAUCAAAUCGCUUAGCGUUUCGCGGCCGCACGCGCUCGAGGAGGUCCAGAAGCGUCUCAAGCACCUGAGCCCGGAACAAGUGGAGGCCAAGGUGCCGGCUGCGUCGUCCGACGACCUCCUCCCGUUUGGCAGCGUCUGGCCGUCGCUGCCGCCGGCGGGCAAAGGGCUCAAGCACAUUCCGCUGCUGCAGCGCAAGACGGGUCCGUCGGUCGAAGAAAAGAUGGAAAAAACCAUGCGGAAACGCAUGGCCAAGGAGCUCCAGGCCGAGGAAGACGCCGAAGUCGUUUAACGCGAUUCCAGCGAUUGGACCGAUCGUUCUUUCUGGUGUAAACCUUAACACGAAACACUUCUGCAUGC